AUGUGCCUGCACAUGCAGCCAUCCUUUGCGCCUUCCAGCAAGUCAUGGGUUCAUUUUACAUUUAACUGCCCGCCGGCUAGCAAUGGUAAUUACAUUUUUUGCAAAUCACUCCCAAACCGCAUCCGUAGGAAACCAGCAGUAUCUCGAGCACAGAAGAGCAGCCGCCGCCGCCGUCUGCGAGUCACCUCUCUUGAUUCGUCGGCCGCCGCCCUCGAGUCGCCACCGACCUCGCCAUGGACUCCGGCGCCUGAUCCCCUGUUUUGUCUCCCUCGCCCGCCCUCGACUCGCAACGCCCGCAGGAGGAGCGCCCCUGGCCGGCACUCCAGCGGUGCCGCGGGGCUGCUGCAAGGCCAGUGGGUGGUGGGCGGUGCCGGGUACCCGCUCAUGGACUGGCUGCUGGACGCCGUGCGCGCUGUCGCCAAGGACGCCUUCCAGCUGCAGGACCUCCACAUCGUGCUCGGCACCUGCUGCGUCCUCCAUUUUUCAGAUUUGGGACUUAGUGGAAGAAUGGAGAUACACUGUUUCUGCAGGUGACAGUUAUGAUGCAGAGUUGGUGUCUUCUCUGCCCUCAGGAGAAACAUCUCAUUAAGCAACAAGUGGGAGAAGUUCAAAUGGCUACCAACUGGAAAUCUGGAACAAGCAGGCUCAGAGAAAAAGUGGCUUAAUCUAUCAAUGUUUGGCGACGUCUAGAAUAUGUAAUCUAGGUGCUUGGUCAGGAUAGUGGUCUUUUUGCAGUUUGCCUGGAAGUUCCAGUGGUCACAUUUCCUUUUUUGGGUAUCUGUUAUCGAAUGCUUAAAAGAUUGUGGUCUUGAUCGAUAUGAAGGCCAGAGCUAUGAGAUUGUAAAUUUGAUAUUAUGAAAUAAAUAUGGAUGUUUGAAA